CCGCUCUGUGCGCACAGAGGCCUUAAACAGCCUUAAAUUGGCGCCCAGGCCGGUUCCGUAUAACAUUGCCCAUGUUAUCCUCUAGGAACCCCUAACCUAACGCCUUCGAGGCGGCCAGGGACUGGGCUCAUGGGGCCAUGGCCCGCCUGUCAAAAGCGAUGAGUUCCCCGGCUGCGUGGAGGACUUCUUUCUUGCUACACAAGGCUUCCGUUACACUCUAACCGCCUCGUUGACAAGUUCUCUGGCCCUUGUGCCGUGUCACUCAUUUGUUUACCUUAAUAUAAUACCGCUUCACUCGUUCAGCGGACACGAUAAACACUGCCAGUAGCCGCCCCUAUUACUAGUAAACACACGAAAAGAUGAAGGCCUCAAUCAUCGCAGCUUCGGUUGCGCUCGCGGGAACCGUUGCGGCUUCUCAGCACAAGGCCCAUGCUGGGUUCCAUCUGCGACGAGCUGGAUAUGAGAGCAACGACGUUUGCACGGUCUAUACCACCGUCUAUGUAACCGCAUUGCCUCCCGUUGUCCAUAACUCGACCAUCAUCGGCCACUCCACCUCCACUCCUUGCUCCGAGGGCGAGAAGACUCCCAUCUACACGCCCCAUGUACCAUCUUCAACCACGGAGGCGCCCAAGCCUUCAAAGGAGGCCUACCCUCCCGCGCCCCCUGCGCCCAAGCCGGAAUCCUCCAAGCAGGUUCAGCCACCUGCUCCCGUGCCUGAGACCUCCAAGCAGGCUUCUCCUCCUGCGCCUGUACCUGCGACCUCCAAGCCCGCAUACACACCCGUGCCUCAGUCCUCAAAGUCCGUCUACAUCCCAGUGCCUGUCCCUUCGAUCUCAGCCUACGUCCCAGUCCCAGUCCCCUCGAAGUCAGUCUACACUCCAGUGCCUGUCUCUUCCAAGUCGGUGAACACUCCAGUUGUUCCUGUGCCCUCGAAGCCGGCAUACACCCCAGUGGCUCCCCCCACCAAGCCCACCAAGCCCACCGAGACCCCUAAGCCUGCUCCCAGCAGCUCCAAGGCGGUAGAGAAGCCCAAGCCUAAGCCUACUACCUCUAAGUCGGCGGACAAGCCUAAGCCAACUGGCGGUUAUACCUCCGGCGGCCGCAUCGUAACCAACGGCAACAAGUGGGCCAUUACCUACACUCCUUAUGCCAACAGCGGCCAGUGCAAGACCGUCGACGAGAUCAAGUCAGAUGUUAAGCAGAUCUCUGAGCUUGGCUUCACCACUAUCCGCUCUUACAGCACCGACUGUGGCGUUUUCGAGCAUGUCGUCCCUGAGUGCCAGAAAUACGGCCUCAAGGUCAUCUACGGUAUCUUCCUCGAGGGUGGCGGCAAGGGUGGAAAGGGUCCCUUCUCCAACUAUGCCAACGAUCAACUCGAGGGCAUUAAGAGCAACGCGCCAAAGGAUAGUGUCGCCAUGGUCAUUGUUGGAAACGAGUGCAUGUUCAACAACAACUGCCAGCCCGCCGACCUUGCCGCUUACAUCGACUACGUCCGUGAGCAGCUCCAUGGCGCUGGAUUCCCCAAGGACAUCGCCAUCACUACUACCGAGCCUGUCGGCACCUGGGAGGAGAAGGGCGCUGAGCUGUGUGACCACAUUGACAUCUUCACUGUUCAGGUCCACCCAUACUUCACCCAGUCCGUCUCCGCCGAGGAGGCUGGUGACUUUGCGGCACAACAGCUUGAGCAGGCUGCCAAGGUCUGCCCCGGUGCUGCUUCCAAGGGCAAGUACAUCACUGAGAUUGGAUGGCCGAGCGCUGGCAAUUCCAACGGCAAGGCUAUUCCCGGUGUUUACGAGCAGAAGGUUGCUAUGAAGAAGAUCAUCGAGAAGGUUGGCUCUGAGGCCUGCCUGUUCUCCUUCCAGAACGAUGGCUGGAAGGCCCCUGGUGCCCUCAAUGUUGAGCAGAACUUCGGCUGCAUCGAAGCCCUGCAAUAAGCGCACUUUGCCUGUUGCUAGGUAGAGUGAAGGAAGAAGGAGGAUAUUGUUGGUUCGAUUAAGAAUACUUCGUUGUACGACUGUAUGUAGUGAGCUUCUGUCAAUUACGUCGGCUACUUUACGUGUUUACGCUUGCAUUGCUACUUUCCGUUUCUUCGCUUGCCAGAUAAAUAGUGGUGGCUUCUUGGUAGUUUUAGUGUUUAAUUUCUUGUAUCAAUCAACC